AUGGCAGUUCUUCCUUGCAGGACGGCCCGAGGGUAUCGGAGAUCGUCGCACGGCUGUCAAGAGGCCGUUCUGGAAGCGGGCGGACAGGCAGGCCCAUCGAUCGCUGCGGCUCUCAUGGCUCAGGGCCAUUUCGCUUCGGGCUCGGGGGCGGGCGAGACCAAGCGAAACAGGGAACGACCCUCGAAGUUCCUCGAGGCCGAGCGGUUGUCCUACGUCGCUGCUGGUCGCUCGGUUUUGGCACAGGCUCCCGUUCUCAGCGUCGUCGCUGAUGCCGUCCACGUGGGACAGGAGGACUGGCUGAACGUUUUCCUCUGCGACACAAGCGAGGACGUGAAGAAAGGGACGGCCAUCACGUCGGACGACUGGGUGGACAUGUGGCAGGGCCGCAUCACGAAGUUCUUCCAGAAGGCCGGCUCCAAAGGUCGGUCGGCAGCGAAGACCACAGGCGGCUACAAGGAGCCGGAGAGGCUGGCCACUCAGGAGUGGCUCCGAGACAUGUCCCACAGCCUCGCGGUCGUUGGCUGGGGCUUCUCGUCCUUCCGACGGACGAGCGAGGCAGGCCGGCCGAGUGUCUUGAUCCUCUGCACGGAUCAGGAGGCCACUCAGUUGGCGGCCGUGAACUACUUGAAGUUCGGCCGUUCGCUGUUCGUGGAGCACGUCAACGACCCGGCUCACCGUUCCCACAACGACGUGAACCUCGCGAUGGCGGCGGCCGGUCUGCUGACGUUCGGCCUCGUGUCCAUCGGCCUCUACAACGUUCGUUACGGCCCAUGGAACAAGGGCACGUGGUUCGGCAAGGUCCAGACGAUGGCGGACGAGAUGAGUCGUUCGAUGAGCCCUUCGGAUCCGUUGCUGCUGACUUUCUUUCCGGACAUUCUGGAGGACCAAGGCCGUUCGCAAGAGGACAACAACGAGGCCGAGCGACGUGCUUUUCUGGAGAGCCUGCCAAACAGGUCGGUCGUGAGAAGCAAGGGCAGCAAGGCCUCGCAGUCUCGCUUCAACAGUCUCUCGCAGGCCCAUGCGGAGCUCGACGGCGAGUGGUCGGCCUUUUGCCUCGUGCUGGUCGCUCUCUGCGUGGCCGAGGGCUGGUGCACGACGGCGUCCCAGUUGUGGUCGCCCUCCGCUGGCAUGGCCGAGACGACGACGGCCGGCACGACCAGGGCGGCCGCCAAGUCUGCUGCUCGCAAGGCUCUGCAGCAGCAGAGGAGUCGUUCGGUGAACGUCUUGCACGGGAUGACGAUGUUCGCGUGCAACCAAGACAAUCGGUCGCUGGCCAGGUCCGUGUUUUUCGUGCUUCAACCGGAGAACGUUCGGUGCAGCACGAUGCUCGCAGACCUUCGGGCGGCCGAGGCCACCGUGAGCCAGUAUGCCAACUGGGCUCACUGGCAGUACAUGGAGGUCGCUCGCGAGCACGUCGCCAAGCUGUCCAACCUGGCCGCUCUGAAGCGGAUCGGCCUUGACAUGUCCUUCGAGCUGCCAAAGGAGGAGGUUCGAGAGGACUCGCUGGCGUGGCAGGAUGCAGUCGCUCACAGAGUCGUUCGCCUGACACACCGUCUCUUGCGAUAUCGUUGCGGCAGCCAGCUGGGGUCCACGAACGGCUGGGGAGCAUCGGCCGGCUUGCUGCACGAGUCUGCCGCCCUUCGACAGUCCAGCCUUCGCUUUCUGGAAGAGGUGGAUCGCACGGUCAAGCGUGUGCAGGCCGAGGGGUCGUUGGAGGCGAAGCUCCUCUUGGACGGCCACCCUGUGGCCAUGUUGCUGUCCGAGUUGCGGGAGGCGUCGUUCGUGGAGGUUCCGCCGGGGACGUUCGAGUGGCUUCGCCGUUCGUGGAGCGGCCUGCUGAACUCGAAGCUCGUGGAGGACGCCAACAAGGUCCAACGUGAGGCCGAGCAGCGGAAUGGCACUUCGAAGACGUUGGGUCGUUUGGAGGGCUGGCACGGUCUCUCGAGAAAGAAGCUCCUGGAGCAGUAUCACAGGAGAGAGGUGCCGAGCGGCCGGAUGGCGACCGUGCCCGCGAAGUUCGAGGCCGAUCCGUGGUUCGUGCGGCCUAAGCGGCUCCGCACGGACCCGGGCAGUUCGUCGGCCGCCGUUCGCGAGGAGCAGGAGGAGGGCCUCACGGACCAGACCUUCGAGGACGACCUUCUGAAGGGCGUUAGCCAACCGAGGACGUGGGCCUCUCCCACACCUGAGUCGGAACAGGACAAGCUGGCUGGGUUCUCGCUGCUCACCAAGGUCAUUCGGCAGAACAUGGACUGGUCCUUCGUGGAGAAGGGAUGGUGGGCAGCCUUGGCUCCCGAGGGACAUGCCUUGCAGUUUCCGACUGGACCACCGUUGUACGUGGUUCGCAGCUACAAGCGAGCGGCUCUCGUCUGGCCCGGCAAGUUGCAGGCUUCCCCUGCCGGAGACAUCGUCAGCCUGGACCUGGAGAACCCACAGGUCGGAUGGGUGCACCUUUUCGACGAGGCCGUGGACGUUCUGGACUUGGCUGCGACCUCGCCACAACGUCUCGUGUCUCUCGGUGAGACCCGGGCCAUGGGAGUUGUCUUUCGGGUGCAGGCCCGAUGUUCCUUGCUUCAGCACCACGAGAAGUUCGGCUUCGCAGGCGUUCCGGAGUGGGGUCUGCGACGACUCGCAGAGGUGAAGGGAUGGCCGGCCGAAGCUGAGGAGACUGGCCACGAGGAGGACGACCGCCUCGCCGUGGUGUGCCUCUUGUCUCUCCAGCCAACUCUGACGAAGGACGACGUGGUCAAUCGUCUCCUGUUUCGCCAGGACGUGGCCUCGUGGUCGGGCGAGUUUGGGGAGCUCGAUCUGACAGAGGUCGUGCGAGACACAAUGUUGGCGGCCGACCAGGACGUCGCCCUCCAACAACUUGCGAAGCGGAAAGCCGCUCGCGAGACUGCCGUGGAGAUCCGGAAGCGGGUCUCGCGGACUUUCGAGGCCGUCGCCAAGACCUUUGCCAGCCGACCCGAGUACAAAAAGGCAGCGGCAGCUCGAAAGGCCAAAGAGAAGCAGGCAUCGCAGCAGCAGAAGGACCAUGCCGCUGCGAUCAAGCGGUGCUAUGCCGCCCUCAGCUCGGACAUCGACAAAGUCGUGAAGGUCGGCGUUCCCACAGCCGUCCGAGUGUAUCGGGACGACUACAACGGCCGCUGGCGUCUCACGUACAGGACUGUCUGGGCUCAGGUCACUCGCAGCAUUUCGUGGACUGCCGUGGGCAGUAGGAAUGCCGCAGCGGAAGCCGUUCGCCAAGGCUGGCAGUGGGCGGAGACUUUCGACGGCCUGCCGAUGCCGGAGGAGGCAGCAGGCCUGUUGCAGAAGUUGGCGGCUUGA